AUGGAGGCCAGGGAUGUCCCCAUCCCCAUCCCUGCGUUGGCCACAGAGCCACGGUUCGCCCAGCGCCUCAGGGAGCGUUUGGAAGAAGUGCAGAUCCUGGACAGGCGCUACCAGCUGCAGGAGGGGCCGGGGGGCCGUGUGGCCCUGCCCGUGCUGGAGGAGAAGCUGUCCCAGCUGUGGGUGCCCCAGGAGAUACCCUGUGGGCUGGUCUGGAUCCAGGACCCUGUCCCCUCCAGGGCAGCCCGACGGCGGACGCCUGCCCAGAAGCUGCGGGACGAGCUACGGCAGCUGCUGGGAGAGAAGUGGUCGGAGGAGCUGGAGUGUGACGUACCCCGUGCCUGGCAGCGGCACGGGGACCUGGUCCUGCUGAGUGAGGACAGCUUCAGGGCUGCGCUGUGGGAGAGGCUGGGUCCGGCUCUCUGGGAAACGGUUGCCUCGGCUUUGGGUGCCCGGCGGCUGGACAGGCGAGGACGGGUAUUGCCAGACAGGAUGCGGUCCCCCAGUGUCACCCUGCUGCUGGGCCAGGAUGGCUGGGUGGAGCACGUGGACAACGGGAUCAGGUACACGUUCGAUGUGACCAAGUGCAUGUUCUCACCCGGCAACAUCACGGAGAAGUUGCGGGUGGCCUCACUGCCCUGCUCCGGAGAGGUCCUGGUGGAUCUCUACGCAGGCAUCGGCUAUUUCACACUGCCGUACCUGGUUCACGCAGCAGCUGCCUUCGCCCAUGCCUGCGAGUGGAACAGCCAUGCCGUGGAGGCCUUGCGGAAGAACCUGGUGCUGAACGGCGUGCAGGACCGCUGCUGUGUCCACCAUGGGGACAACCGGCAGCUGGAGCUGCGGGAUGUAGCGGAUCGGGUGAACCUGGGGCUGAUUCCCAGCUCGGAGGAAGGCUGGCCGGUGGCCUGCCGCGUCCUGAAGAAGGCCACGGGUGGGGUCCUCCACAUCCACCACAAUGUGGAGACUCUUCCCACACCGGCCAUGCCACAGACCCCAGUCCUGCUGGCUGAGCAGGGGUCUCCAGAGGGAGCUGACCCUGAUGGAGAGGCACAGCACCCAACAGAGGUUGGUGGGAAGGACACACUGGGGCCCAGGAUCAGACCUGAGUGGCAGAGGUGGGCUGAAGCUACGGCGGCAAGGAUCCGGGGGCUGCUGGCAGAGCUGCAUGGGCAACCGUGGUGCACCAGCAUCCUGCACAUCGAGGUGGUGAAGUCCUACGCGCCCCACGUGCAUCACCUCGUCCUGGACCUCGAGUGCCGGCCGACGCUCCCCACCUAG